GUGAAUUUCACUGAUUUUUAGCACGUGAACAAGACUUUUAUUUUGGUAUGACGACAUGAUGUCAUAAGGCCCCGCCUCACUCAUGCUUCAGUGAUUCGGCUGGAGAAAGGACAGAUUGUCCAAACACACAGAAAAACUCCUGGUGAAGUGAUCCAUCUGACACUAUUAUAAAGAUGGAGUUUUUUAUAGAGGAGAGUGAAGUCAUGAUGCAUGAAGAAGCAUUUGGAGUGACAUAUGAAGAUAUUGAGGAACAAACAGACCUGUUUUUGCUGACUGUGGAGAGGGAAGAUCUGAAUGAAAUAGAAAAGAAUUGUGAGGAUUUAAUGACUGAAGAAAAAUCUCUUACUUGCUCACAGACUCAAAUAACAGGAAGUAAAAAUCUUGAAGUCCACAUGAGUGUUCACACUGGAGAUAGCCCUUUCACCUGCCAGCACUGUGGAAAAAGUUUCAAUAGAAAAAGAAACCUUAACAUCCACUUAAAUAUUCAUUCUGAAAAGGAUCCGUUCAUAUGCCCUCAGUGUGAAAAGACAUUUACACAGAAAAAAUACCUUACUGCCCACCUAAGAAUCCACAAUGGAGAGACCCCAUAUACCUGCAAACUGUGUGAGAAGAGUUUCUCACUAAAAGGAAAUCUUAAGACUCACAUGAGAAUUCACACUGGAGAGAAGCCAUUCAUAUGUGCUCAGUGUGGAAAGAGUUUUAAACAGAAAAGAGACCUUAAUGUCCACAUGAGAACUCACACUGGAGAGAAGCCUUACGUCUGCGAACAAUGUGGGAAGAGCUUCACACACCAAGAAAGUUUUAAGAUUCACAUGAGAAUUCACACCGGAGAGAAGCCUUUCACAUGUGAUCAGUGUGGAAAGAGUUUCAGAUAUAGAGACAAGCUUAAUAAUCACAUAAGGAUUCACUCAAGGGAGAACUGUUUCAGAUGUCCUCACUGUGAACAGAGUUUCACAGAAAGGAAUAAUCUUAUGAGUCAUGUAAAAACUCACACUGGAAAGAAGAUUUUCGUGUGUCAUUACUGUGAAAAGAUUUGCUCAAAGAAAACAAACCUUGAGAAUCACAUAAGGGUUCACACUGGAGAGAAGCCUUUUACUUGUCUUCAGUGUGGAAAGAGUUUCAGACUUAAAGGAAACCUAAAUGCUCACAUGAGAAUUCACACUAGAGAUGCCUUACAAGAGUCUUAGUGUGAAGAGAUUUUCACAUAUCUCUCAGACCUGAAACAAACUCAUUCUUUAAAAAAUUGCAGUGUUCCUCAGUGCGACUAAAGGUUUAGAAAAUGGAGCAAUUUCAACAUCUGCACGUUCACUCUGGAGCAAGGCAGUUCAAAAUAUCAAACGUAGAGAUAUGCAUGUCAUGUAAAUGUGAGAAAAUGUAUAUCUGUCUAAAAUCAAGGCUACUUUCACAUCACAGCUGAAUGUGGGUCAUAUCGGAUUCAUUACCACUUAUUUUAAGGGUAUUAACUUACAUUUAAAUUCUUGACCUCUUUAUAUUAUACCUUGUGGCUUUUUAUUUUCUUGUAAUGGCUGAGACAAAUCAAACACAAAUAUUCGUUAUAUUUAACAAAUAAUAUUUAAAACCCAACACCAAGAUGUCUGCGACCACCCCCAAAGUAUAGGAACUAGACCCCUGGCUGCCAUGGUUUUAUGACUUUAAAGAAUGCAGAACUCUGCUCCAAACUCACUCGAAUCAGGCCAAAGUGAAGACACAAAGCCUGUAAAAACAGACUCUUCUACUUAGACAAACUGUUCUAUAAAUUAACAUGCAUCCCAGGACAUUGUGUGUAUGAUUAUUACUGUCAUGUGUAGUGCCUUUUGUAUGGUGUUUUGUUUUAUGAAUAUGUUAUGAUAAACCAACGGUUAUUGUAACCUCGCCUAUACCAAGUUUGGGGUCUACGAGUUUGUAUUUUGAAGAUAUAAAUGAUUGUGUAUAUGAUAUGUUGAUACCUGUGCAACAUAUUAGUAUUACAUCAAUCCAGUUACAUAUGCAUAUGCAUAGAAGGACAAAGGAUCGUAAAACUCCGCACAGAGAAAUUUCCACCUAUCUCAUUGGUCAGGUCAACCCUAAAGGCCAGAACACACCAAGCCGACGGCGACAAACUAUUGGUGACGAAAGCAGACUGUGGGGUUGGCUCACAUCGGCAGAGUCUGGGUCCAAAGUUGGUCUGAGAAACCAAACCGACGCUCGACAGCCAACGGCCAAGUAGCAUGUCAGUUCUGUACCUGCGUAAGAUAAAAUGCCUUUCCGAACCAGCAGGUGGCAGUAGCUGAACAGCCAAUCAGAAUGAUCAGACCGACGAGCUCCAACUCUUUCCCAACUACAAUAGUCAAAAUAACCAUGAAAGUUCGUUGUCAUUUCUUCAUUCAACGCAGGAGAAAUCGAUUGCAACUUCAACACCAUCGAUUCACGGAAUCACCAAAAACCUGUUCAGAACAACAGACUGCUUCUACUGCAAAGGAUAUGCAAGUAAAGAAUAUUUUAAGUAAAGAGAGAUUUAUGAUAAGCAGUAAAAUCCUCAGAAUAAACUGAUGGUUCUUUUCUUAGUUUAAUGACUCUUCCAUAGCUUCAUUCCCUGUUCCCCUUUCCAGCUUCAUUCUGUCAAGUUCCAUCUUACUCAUGUACGUGUGUUUGUGUUUGUUAGAUUAGUUGUGUUUGUGAUUUAGUUGAUAUAAUUUGUGCACAAUACAUAUUUGGUUCCGAGUCCCUGCCUGCAGAUAAAUGAUCUAUCUUGUUGCACGCUCUAAGCGCUGUAAAUGCUAAGCUAUAAUUAUUUUUCUGUGGCCAUGAAAAAUAUCCUUUUCUUCAAAUUAAUUAUAAUCAAUAUUAAGUGUUCACAGGAUGAACUGUUAACUGAUAAUAAUGUUAAUAUAGCUACAUUAAGUUAAUCUGAUCCAAAUAUUCAUAUUUAAUCAUGUUAUGGAGUAAUCAUGUUAGGGAGUGCCCUCUAAUGUCAAUGCAUGUCAUAUGAUGGCUCUGAUUAAAAUAAUAAGUAAACUUCUAUCUUGUUGUGAAUGCCAAAUUGUAACUGAAAGAUUAUAAAUAAAAGGACAUAAACUUAAUGAAAUGAACAUUGCACUGUGUUACUUGCUCAUUCUAGGUGUUUCUAGCUUUAGUUGUCAAUUUAAUUUUUAUAACAUUUGGUAGAGUUAGGGUACUCAGAC